UGCAUUAUUAACGUGUUAAUGAUGAUGGAAAUCUGUAAUAUUAAUGACUUAUCUGGCCUAAUAAAGGAAAAAGAGAAAGUUUAUACAUUUCGAAAACUUGAGAAAAAAGAUGCAUAAAAUAUUUUAGGUCUUAUGACUAAAUCAUUUUUGAGUGAUAAUGAAGGAUUUAAAAUUUUGUAAGCAACUGAAUAAGAUUUAAACACAGAUUAGUCUUUAUAAUUAUUGUAUAUAUAUAUUAAAAUUUAAACCUUAGCUCAUGGAUGGUUUAAGAGAAUCUAUCUUUUGGUGCAUUUCAUGAAGAUUAACUAAUUUCUGCAUGUUUAAGUUAUGAUUUAUCAUCAAAUAAUGAUCUACAUAUUGAGGGACCCGAACCUUCAUAAGUUAUGAUGGAAAUAACAGAUAUGAUAAUUAAAUUGCUUGAUUAAUAUGCUAAUACAAGUAAUCUAGGCAAAAAAGAAAUAGCUUAUUUGAGUCAUCUAGCUACAAAACCUGAUCACUUUUAGUAGCAUUUAGCUCUUUCAUGUGCUUAUUUAUCAGUUGAAGAAUGUAGAAAAUAAGGAUUUAAAUAAUUAAUAACUGGGGCUGGACAUGUUGGUACAUAGAAGACUAUUUCAAAAAUAUUCAAAAAAUUUGAUAAAAUCAAGGAGAUUAAUGAGCUCAAAGGAUAACCAACCUAUAUGGUUUCUUUGAUUGGUUAAUUAUAAUGA